UAGGACUUCCUCUUUGUGUUUCAACAGUCUAUACAUAAAGCACAGUAUGUACAGUGGUCACCCUUUUUCCUGAUUUGUCUGGAGAGUCACAGGAGUCUCAUUCUUCUGCACGGAGAGGACCCAUGGAAAGACACAUAACGAUCUCUACAUUCACAGUGCUGUUCCAUCUUGAAGACCACUCCUGAGCACUGGAUAUGGAUCACAGCAUAUGUGGGUUGAUACUGGGGACAGCUGAAGGAUCAUGGGACUCAGAGGUGGACUAUGAGGUAUGAAUACCCAAGGAAAGAAUGUUUUAUUUCCUUGCAGGAGUACUCCCCAUACCCACUUUAUGGGCUGACCCAAGCUCUGUGGUCAGCAAGGGACAGUCUGUUACUAUGUGGUGUCUUGGGACCCAGGGAGCCCAGGAGUACUCUCUGUACAAACAGGGAGAUUCAACAGCCUGGAAGACACAGACCUUUCUUGAGCCUGGGAACAAGGCAAACUUCUCGAUUUCAUUCACGACAGAGUAUCAUGGAGGACUAUACCACUGCUAUUACUCCAGCCCAGAGGGCCAGUCAGAACACAGUAACAUUCUAGAGCUGGUGGUGACAGGAUUCUACAGAAAACCCAACAUCUCAGCCCUGCCAAACUCUCUGGUCACCUUAGGAGGGAAUGUAACCCUUCAGUGUAGCUCACAUCAGGGAUAUGGAAGGUACAUUUUGAUCAAGGAAGGAGAACAAAAUGUGUCCUGGAUUCAGGACUCACAGAAACAACCCAAUGGACAUUUUAUGGCCCUGUUUUCUAUGGGCCCAGUGACUUACAAAGACAAAUGGGCAUUCAGAUGCUAUGGAUACUACAAGAGGACUUCCCAGGUGUGGUCAGUACCGAGUGAUACCCUGCAGCUACUUAUUUCAGGUGAGCAAUUCCACCGUAGCUAUGUAUUUGAAGCCAAUGAACUUGUUGCUUUGAGCCCUGUUGCUAUGGGAGUCUGAAGGAGAGUUGAGGCAAGACUUUGAAGAAAGUAUGGGAGAAGAAGGUGCUUGGCGUGAAUUACUCCCUCAAUAUCUGGCCUAUAUUCUUUUUGAGAACAUCUAGGGAUCUAUCCCCUUUUCACUGUCUUGUGU